AUGGAGGUUCUUCAUGCAAAUGGUCGGGUAAAGCUCGGACGAGCUCAAUAUUCCUCGGGUCUCAGCGCAUGCGCUGCGGCAAACCAAUGGCAACUGGCCCUGAACCUCUUCCACUCCAUGCCAGGAGCCCAUGUCGUAGCUGAUGUCAUCAGCUACAGUGCUACAAUCAGCUCCUUUGAGAAAGCCGGCCAGUGGCAAAUGGCGCUGGAACUUUUCAAUGCCAUGCCCAGCGCGACUCUAACGCCAGACGUCAUCAUCUACAACACCACCAUCAGUUCUUGUGAGAAAGGUGGUCAAUGGCAGCUAGCACUACAUCUGUUCCACACCUUACCCACAGCAAAGCUCACCCCCGAUGUCAUCACCUACAACGCUGCCAUUAGCUCCUGUGAGAAGAAGGGUCAGUGGCAGCUGGCCCUCCAUCUCUUCCACACCAUGCCAUCAGCCUCGAUUGCUCCCAGCAUUGUCAGCUACAGCGCUGCCAUCAGCUCCUGCGAGGGAGAUGGACAAUGGCCACUGGCCUUGGAACUUUUCCGCUCGAUCGCCGAG